CGAUGCUUGUUCACAUUUGGCACUCCGACGAGUCCGACAGGACCGACACGCCAUUCCGCACGUUCCACAAGACCACCCACCUCACCUUCGCCGCCGGCGCCACGGGAGGAAAAAAAGAGGGGAGAGCCGCAUUUAAAAUGACCGAGUGCACCUCCUCUGUGAAGGCCACUUCUCCACAUCUGGCUCGCCAUGUAGGUCUUCAUAUAGAGGUCGUUCGGAGUAGAACAGGCUUAAAGUAAACCUCGAUGCAUAUUGACCACGCUCAUCUCAUCGUCGAAACAACGUCUACGGCCACGGCCUACACACCCGAAACCGAGACCCUCAAAAAGACAUUGUUGAACUGGAAAACGGUCAUGGAAACAUGGCCUCCAAGCGUCGCGAAGCGGUGGAAGACCGACGCCCGAGAGCGACUCGUUCGAGAAAUGAUGAGGUUUCCUCCAGAUGACGAGGCCGAUCUCAUAGACGCCGUUUUCAAACUGAGAGGAGCUUAUUUCUGGGACGACUACGAUUCGUUUGGGUUUUAUCAGACUAUUCUGCGUUACCAAAGCGGCAAAACGGACCUGGAAACGAACAUCGCGCCGCGCAUCGAAUUUGCCUAUUCGAAUGGCAUCGUGGGAGACACUCCUGAUACGCCUGGAGAUACUUGUGAACAGUUGCUUUGGUCCAUGUGGUAUGCUGUCUUCCACAUGGCCCACCGCACCUCCUGGCGCCACGACUCUGCAGGCCACGAUCGCCUCCUCUCCCUCGUCAAAGCUCUGCACGCACGACCCAAUCCCGCUCGCCCAUCGCCAUUACCCGACCAUCUGAAGGACAACUGGAUAUGGGACGGCACAUUCGGCGAGCUAUGGAGCGAUUUCCUGCUGCUGAAGCCGACAGGGCUGGAAGUAUGGCAGAGUGCGUGGCGUAACCCAUGCGCUACGCCGUUUUCAGCGCCGGAUCGACAUUCCUGGGCGAACCAUAAUGCUUUCGUUGCUCGGUUGGUGAGAGAUAUUCCGCGGUGUUGGGAUUAUCUACCCUGGUUCUUUCGCUGCACAGGGUCAUUGCAAAGCUUCUCAAAUGAAGCUAUUCGGUCGGGCGAAGCUCACUAUGAAGUCGCACAUGAUGAGGAUGUUGAACCAGAAGAUGGGGAGGCGGAAGGCGGCGAGGGCGAUGGCGUCGACGCACAGGGCAGCGGUGCAGAGGAUGCCGAGGCUGAAGGGGGCGAAGACUCAGAAGACCAGGACACAGAAGAUGAAGAGGUACCCAGAUACCUCAAACACGAGUUGGAAUUAGACGUGCCCGCAGCUGCUGCAUGGAUCUUUCUGGCCGGAAAUAGUCUAUGGGAGAUAAGCAAAGGAAACCCCAAUUCCGUAGAGGUUGCAAAGGCACAGAAGGAUAUGGAGGCGUUCAGCGAGCCGCGGUGGCGGCUUUGGAAGCAGCAGUUUUACGAGGUUUCGGAGUGUGAGCUGAUCACUGCAGAAACGAGGCAGAUUGCACGGGAAGCUUCUGAGGAGAUGGAACGUAUCGAGUCGUGGGUUUUGGUUUGAAUUCAUUCACGCGCCGCACAUCUCUGCCCCCAGGGUAUCAAUGUCCAUGCGUGAUAUCCGAACUCCACGGGGAUUGUAGUGAAUUUUGACUGACGAUAGAGGACACGGCGAUUCUCCGUUGCUCAAAUGCUGCAAGCUGUGACUGGAGAGCAUCAGAUUUCCUAUAUUGCGGACCAGGGCUUGAUCCUCCAGAGACGCGUUGAAAGAACGAUGCUUUAUAAGGCUGAACUGAGCCACAGCGACGACGGGAUGGCGAGCCCCUGCCCUGCCU